AUGAUCCUCGGCGAUCUCCUCACAAAAGUAUCGCAUAUAUAAUCACUGUCACUACUGUGUUACCUGUCCUAGCACUCUGGACCUCGAUCAUCGGUGGGAUGUUCCUAUAAUCCCCGCGAUUAUCCGCGCGUGGUUGCUUCUCAUCUCGUCCGUUGUUCGAAUCGACCGUUGGUUGGCAAAUAGGACCCAUAUCUUGAAGCUCCUGCUUUUCAUACACAAUGGGGUCGUGGUUCGGGAACCUAGGAUUAGCAUACAAAUAUUGUCUUGUAUUUGGUUCUCUGCUCUUGGGAACGCUAGUUUUGGGUUGCAUCAAGCUCUUAUUUGACCGCAAGAAGUUAAAAGAGCAUAUCCGGAAGCAAGAUGAAGAAAGGGCGAAUAAGAAAGAUGACACAGUCGAGCUCAAUACCCGGGAGCGAGACGAAGGAGAUCUAUUCGGCGUUCGUGCCAUCGAAGCCGGUUAUUUCGGAGGCGUAUACCAAUCACGGCCCACAUCAGAAGUCAACACACCAUCCCGAGCCAUGUCGCCUUCGGCGAGCCAGAACACGCUCGUCGCUGAACAACUAUCACAAAAACUGAGGGAGAUCCCUUCUUCGGCGAGCAGUGUGAGAAGCCUUGCGAUCAACGAGCAUUCAAGGUCCGCCUCUCGCGACGUCGAAUCCACUACACAGCGCCGACAACUUCCCCACCUGGUGCUUCGUCCUUCUGAAGCCGAACUCAGUGGGCGGAUCAACCACAAUGGUAGUGCCGUGAACAUGACCCUCGAUGUUCCGCCGUCGCCCAUACUCGCCCAGCAUCAACAACAGAAUGCCCAUCACUCCGGACAUCUCAGUCAUAACAGCCCUACCAAGGGGAAUUUCGAGGACUUGCGGCGAGCAGAUGGAUACGAUUCGACUGGAAGAACCAAAUCCGAACAGAGAAUGGCCCAGGUUGCGCAUUCCAGAGAGGGUUCAAACUUAACAUGGGAUGACCAACAUUCAUCAGUCGGCACCAGUCCAAGGGGAGGAAACCUAAGGAACUCUCCCGAAUCCACUGACUACCCCUCCUUCCCCAAUGGUUCCCGGAGUCCACCGCGAGUUCACUCAAGGUCUCUCACACCGACGGGCAACCAAGCUAGCGAUAGGCAGCGUAUGUAACAGGUUUUUCAUUGAAUGACGACCUUGUGACGAGGAACCAUGUCACAAGCAGCGAUGUACACGACCAAGAUGUUUCAUUUCUGUGCGACAGUAACGAGGACGAUGGCCGAAUGCUAAACCACCACUCCUUCUAGCUGGCUAUUUAAGUCACCGCACUCCCUCCGACACGACGCCACCCAUCCAAGAACCUCCACGAAUCCAUUCAUCGAAUCCGAGUGCCUCUUCACACGGGUAUUCUCCUCACUAUCGAGUUUCGUCGCCGAUCGAUCCCCACGGCCUGAACUUAGCCCAGGAUCGACUAAGACCGAACGACCGCGGCAUCAGCGUUUC